AUGAUCCGCUUCAUUCGGUUCUUCCCCUAUGCACACUACUUCUGCACAAAGAAGGGUUGCAGCUGUGCCUCGAUACACUAUCGCUUCGACAAAAACUCACUCUGCAAGAAAUGUGGCCACACGAAGAUGCAGCAUCGCAGUCACUUCACGACCGAGGUCUCCAACCCCAUCAAGAAGUACGGCUUCUGUGGAGCUGGCAAGGUCGCCAUGGAGAAGUUGAGAUCGGAAGUCCUUGACUGUAUACUCCUACGGCGCACAAAGGUGGAGCGUGCAGCUGACGUGCAGUUGCCAGAGCUAACGGUUCGGAUCCGCCAGGGCCUCAGCCCAGGCCGGACACAGUUCGACACCUACGUCGAAGGCGGGACUGUGCUCCACAACUACGCACAUGUGUUCGAUUUGAUAAUGAGGUUGCGGCAAGCGGUGGAUCAUCCUUACCUCAUUGUCCACGGCUCCCUCAAAGCCGCCGACCCCGGCGUGGGCUUGAUUCCCAGCAAGAGCCACGGCAUCUCGGAGGUUUGCGCCUUGUGCCAGGAUGACAUCGAGGACCGAAGCCAGCAGGCGACUGCCUCGUGUGGGCACGCCUUCCACAGAGAAUGUCUGCAAGAGCUGUGCGCUCAGGUUGGUUUCGUGCUUCGAUGCUAUCUGUCGGGAAUGACAUGGGUUCUCGUGCUUUGUAGUUCGCUCGUAAAACCUCUUGUGGAACUUCUGAUCCUGCAGAAUGCCCAACGCAGGCAAUGCUUGUGGAUUGAUAGAAUGUGUUCCCCCCAAGACAAGUGA